AUGAUUCUGCUUAGAGUAUUACGUUUGUUUAUAUUCUGUUUGGUUUUAUCAACACUUUGUUCCAUUACCAAAUGUGGAAGUUCAGAUGUAACUCUGAAAUUCUUGAAAGCACCUCAUGCAUUUUCUCACUUGAAUUCAGCAACAUUUGCUUUUGAAGUUCUUAAUUCUGGUAGUAACCGUACUUGCUCAAAUUGCAGCCUCAGUUGUAAGCUUGAUGAUGGGGUCGCGUCAGUUUGCACGAACGGGAGAGUUACAUACUCAAGCUUGCAAGAUGGAAAUCAUGGUUUUGAAGUCUGCACCAAUGGAAAUCAUAGUUUUGUGGGUUGUGCUAGCUACAACUGGACUGUUGACACAAUUCCACCAACAGCAUAUGUUACAGCCUCAACAACUUUCACAAGUUCUUCAAAUGUUUCGGUAAAUAUAUCUUUCACCGAACCGUGUAUAGGUGAAGGUUUUGGAUGCAAGUUUGUGAAUGCCUGCAAUCUUCUUGUCUAUGGUGCUGGCCAGGUUGUACCAUCUUCCUUUAGAGUUCUGAAGCCAAACCUCAUGUAUUCUCUUCUUGUUAGUUUAUCUCCUACCGUUCAAUACGGCCGAGCAAUCCUGGUAAUGGAUAGGAGUUUCUGUACUGACAUAGCUGGUAACAGCUUUACAAGAAUGGCGAAUUCGAGUGUUCAUCUACAUAUUGACAGAAGAAAGGUUUAUGUCAACAUCAGGACUCGUGUACCUGAAAAGCUACUUCGAAUUAACAGUGAAACUAGAACAAUUCAGGCAACUAAUGACCUUAACAAGCUAAAGGUGUAUUUGUACUUCUCGUCUCCAAUUGUAAAUUCAUCUAUGGAAGUUAUGAGUUCUCUCAACAUUAGUCGUGGUUCACUCGUUCCAACUAGUGCAGAAAAUCUUGGAAAUCGUAGAUUCGGAUUCAUGAUUGCUAAUAUCUCCUCCACUACUAUAGUCUCGGUUGAAUUCAAUUUGAAAUCUAUAAUAACCAGACAAGGGACUCAUGUUUCUCCAACUGUGCCGGUUAAUUUUCUCUAUGAUUCUAAGAGGCCUGCGGUGAUGUUAAGUACACAUAGAAUGAGGACAAAAGAUCACAAUAUACAAAUAUUAAUCGAAUUUUCAAAGCCUGUUUUUGGAUUCAAUAACUCCCGCGUAUCAAUUUCAGGAGGUUUAUUAAAAAGCUUUCACAAACUUAGAUGGAGCACAUACAUUCUUGAGCUACAAGCGGAUGAUGAUUUGGUAUUCGUCAGUGUUCCCGAGAACGUAACUCGUGAUGUUUCCGGAAACAAAAAUCUAGCUUCCAAUGUUCUACAAGUGAGGCACUACUCAAUACCUCUUAUUUCUUCUGUGAUUUCUGCAUUUACAACUGCUACUUUUGCGCUGACAUCGAUUGUUGCUGGCCUGCUUACUAUCUCAACUGCAAGUCUUCAAUCAAGUGAUAUAACUUUAGCAAGAUUUGGAGAUAGAGGUUUGAAUCUGAGAAUGUCCAAUCCUCUUUAUCUCCACAAUAUUCUUGAGGACAAGAGAUUUGCAAAGUGUAGGAUUGUUCUUUUACAUACAUCAUAUCCAUUCUCAAAGGAAGCAUCAUAUCUAGCUUCUCUCUACUCCCAGGCAAACAAUUCGCAACUCAGUCACUUGCUGAAAGAUCUUUUAGAGCAAGCACCAUUAAAUAAGGUGAUGUUUAGUACUGAUGCUUAUGCCUUUCCCGAACUCUUCUACUUAGGUGCGAAAAAUGCCCGCAAAGUUGUUUUCACAGUUCUGCGUGACUCGUGCAUUGAUGGCGAUCUCACUGUUUCAGAGGCUGUGGAAGCUGCAAAAGACCUCUUUGCACGAAAUUCAAUCAAUUUCUAUAAGAUUAUCAGUUAA